AUGCCGGGCUUUGGACGAAGGAUUCGAUUUGCGACGAUCCAGGUUUGCUGCUCCAACCUGCCCUUCUUCAGCCCUGUCAGCGAUCGGGGCCGGGUCGCCCGGCUUCCGCGCCCCUGGUUUGCACGUUUGCUGACGACGGGGAAACUUUCGCAAUUCGUUACCAAGUCAACCGACGUCAUCCCCCCAAGACCAGAGUAUGAAGCUCUGAUUAGUUUGCAGUAUUGUGAACUCGGCAGUUCAGGGACUAUGCACGACUCCCUCCCCUCACCGGAUGAUCAGAGGGUUUAUGGCGGCUUUAAACAACAAUGA